CGAUUUCGUCCUUCAUGUCGCUCAUCAAGAUGAAAGCAGUAACAACACCCUUGCCCUGACUGGUUGUCAUGCUCGCGCAGACCUUUCCAUACCAGACGUAGUGCGUGCUUGAAAGCAAAGUGCCGACUGUGCCUUGUGCCAUGGUGAGCAGUAGAGAGUCGCCGUUGUAUGCCACCGGUGUUCCAGAGCUGACCCAAUUUGCCUUGCUAGCAUCGCCAAGGUAUACGGUAUUCUUCGCUACAUCAUUGAGAGAUGUGAGCUUGUAGUCCUGGCUCUUGCAAGUGUUCGACGGCAUGCAGGACUGGAGGUUGAAGGACGAUUUCGGGUCGCAUCCGCCCAGACAGUAGGCUCCUACACCACAUUGGCCGUACUGGGAGCAGCAAGGUGCAUCAGAUGGGCAUUGCUUGCUGGGACUGCAAGUCGGCGCACUGCUUGCCGCGCUAGCAGCCGAAAGAAAGGCCAGGAUAGCGGCGGCGGCGGAGGUGAAGGUGGACUUCAUGGUCGCGCGUUCACGCUGUCGGGGUCGUCGCAAAUGCGAUGGCUAUGAAGCAGAUUAUAUUGGAGGUCAAGAGGAGUGCCGAGCACAGCGAGCGAAUGUGGCGCUACAAGCAGGUCCUGUAUAUCGAUGGACAGCGACGCGCCGGGUCGAUGAUGCCGUGGCCAGACGUUCAGGCCGGGGUGUUUCCUUCCACAGUUUUUCCUGGUCGCCACCGAAUCAAAGCGAAGCGACCGGAUGUGCUUCCUCCCUUCUCCAACGAUGAUAAGGCUGUGGUCGACGAUGACCUGGAGGAGAUCGCGGAAGGGGAGGUGGAGGUGCACAUUAGACUUCCAACCUCAUUGGCUGACAUUGCGCGGCACGCAUUCCUAAAGCGAAUCAAGGCAAGCGUCGAUCAGGAUAAUUGUGAAACUAGCCUGUCUGGGAAAAGCCAGCCACAGUCUCACCCACGAGUCGACCUUCUUUGCAGCUUGGCGCUCUCAACCGUUCCUCGACUCGUGGCGAAUCAGUUCCCCUUCGGCCCUGGUUCAGGAACGCUCACUCCGCUUCAGCUCUUCGUGAUGAGUGUUGGCAGCGUUGGAGCUAGCAUACGCGAUUGUAAGAGUAUGGUGAGAGGCGCAUGCGUCGUAUCACCAGACAGUCAACUGUCAAUGUCGAAGCCGCAUAUCAUCGUUGUACAUGGCGCGAGUCACCGCGCACGCCAUCUGCAGCCCUUGAAAGCAGGGCUUGGUAUGGUGUCGGCAAAGAACACCGAGGAGAUCGGGAGACAUGUAUACAGAAAACUGGACACAGUCUCUCCUUGUCUGAAACCACAGAACAAUGUGUCAGACGCCACAGCACUCCUUGAACAGACUCACAAAUAUUGCAUGCUGACUUCUUCCGCCAGACUUGACCUUACCCCUGCCGUUAUCGCUGUUGAUGACGUUGAUGCACCCGCAGACAACAUUAGAGGUGGUGUGCAGCCAGUUUCCAACGCAGAGUGGGUACCUUAA